CAACCACGAUAAUCCCUCUAGCUCAGAUUGGAGGAAGAGCGCGGGAGAGGGAGAAUAUCAAAUCCACAAUCGUCAGAAAGAGCGAAGGCUGGUGAAUGCUACGCUUAUCUCCUGGCGGCGUGUGAUCACACGACCGGGCGGUACAGAAUCACCGAGAAAGGGGAAGCGCGCGGCUCGCACUCGUCCUCUCGUAGUUGCGAGCGUCUCUCCGCUUUACCACUCGAAGCACCAUAGCCGAGAUGGCGUCAGCAGUAACGUCCGCCGCUUCCGCCGCUUCCGCGGCUGCCACGCUGAGCUCCGGCGCGGUGGUGUCCAAGCGCGCGGAGGGCGUGGUGGUGGCGCGUUCCGCAUUCGUGAGCGGAGCCGCCCUGCGCUCCCCGAGCUUGAGCGGGCAGAGGCUGUUCAGCGGCCCCUGCGCGGCUUCCAGGCUGGUGAUGGAAACGGCGGCGCCCGCCGGGUUCACCCCGCCGGAGUUGAAGGCUGACACUCCUUCCCCCAUCUUCGGCGGAAGCACCGGCGGUCUGCUGCGCAAGGCCCAGGUGGAGGAGUUCUACGUCAUCACCUGGGAGUCCCCCAAGGAGCAGAUCUUCGAGAUGCCCACGGGCGGGGCUGCCAUCAUGCGCUCGGGUCCCAACCUGUUGAAGUUGGCGCGCAAGGAGCAAUGCCUGGCUCUCGGGACCCAGCUCCGCACCAAUUACAAGAUCAACUACCAAUUUUACCGCGUGUACCCUAGCGGGGAGGUGCAGUACCUCCACCCCAAGGACGGAGUCUACCCGGAGAAGGUGAAUGAGGGACGCGAGGGGGCCAACCAGAACUUCCGCUCCAUUGGCAAGAACGUCAAUCCCGCGAGUGUCAAGUUCACAGGCAAGGAAGCCAUGGAUUUGUAGGCUGGAGAGAGAGAGAGAGAGAGAGAGAGAGAGAGAGAGAGAGAGAGAGAGAGAGAGAGAGAGAGAGAGAGAGAGAGAGAGAGAGAGAGA